AUGCCCGUAUUAGCUGUAGCAAGACGGCUGGCGAUGGAGCCUCAUCCUGUCCCUGGCAUCCCCCAAGGUCUGAUUGGGAAGUCCAAGAAGCUCAUCUUGGAUGAUGAGAAUCGGGUUCAGAAGGUAUACGACAAAGGAGAGUCUUUUCGUCUUCAAAAGGAUAAAGAACGCCGGAAACGCGAAUCCAAGUAUAACCAGUUAUCACGAGUGGAUGAUAAAAGUGACUGCGAAAGUCUCACCGACGCCAUUGCCGAACAGCUGGACCAGGCGAAAGUUUCGUAUCCUCUUAAUCCAGACAAAAGUUUCAUCCCCCAACCCGACUUUGACAGAAUAUUUACUUUUGAGUGCGUCCUCAGAAUUGUCUCCACCUUGAAUUGUUUGAGUUAUCAUACAAACAAGCACCAACUAGCUGGAGAAAUUUAUCACGGCAAUGACUCAAGUGGUCCUUCCGUCAAGUUGCUGGCAGUUCUUAUCGGCUUGGACAAGGUUGAUGAUUUCGCUCAACACAUGUUAGUAGAUGGCAUGAGAGACAGCUGCUUACCGCUGCGAAAAGACACAGCGGAUGGGAAACAAAUUCUUACUUGCCAAAAGCACGGAAACCAUAAAACAAUCAAUAGCUAUCGCCGCUCAGACUGUCGAGAAAGAUUUUUACAUUGGGCUUACUCCGUUACCGCUCCAUUGAUCAAGUGGGAAUCAUCGCGUCACUCACAUUAUGUGCUCGAUACGGGAGACAUACUUCCCAUGGACAUUAUCGACAAGGUGGACGAGGGUGAUAGUACAUCAAGCCAAACGGAGACAGCCCCUAAGUCCAGCAGCGGAAAUACCUAUGGGGGCUUCAGUGAAGUUUAUAAAGUCAAGAUUCAUGACGGGCACUGGGAUUUUGGUGAUCAUGGGAUUCGUCAUCCUCAAGGAUUCUUCGCAUUAAAAAAGCUUACAUCACACAAACGUAACAACUUCAACUUAGAGCUGUCUUCACUCUUAUUUACCGGUAACAAUUACCAGAAAAAGCACCUGAUUCAGCUGCUGGCAACUUUCGAAGUGGUUAAUCUUGCUUCCAGUGAGCUUACGACCUACUACUUUCUAUUCGACUGGGCCGAAGGCAGUCUUACUAAGUUUUGGCAAAACAACCCGACCCUAGUACGAAAUAAGGAGCAUUGUCUUUGGAUGUCAAAACAAUUUUAUGAAAUUUCUGAAGCACUUCAAUGUGUUCAUAAUGAUCGUGCUCCAACCUUGCGUUAUUUAGAAGAUAGACAGUCUAAUGAAGCGCUCUACGGAAGACAUGGGGAUAUCAAACCGGACAAUUUCCUGUGGUUUAAAGAUGCUAGUAGCUCCCCAGGGCUACUUGUCCUAUCGGACUUCGGACUGGGAAGACUACAUACACAAGUAUCGCGUUCUGCGCAGGAUCCUAAAUAUUUGGAGAGAUCUGCUUCUUACCGCAGCCCCGAGUUCGACUUACAGACGGGCCUAGUGUCCCCUAGAUCCGACAUAUUCAGUCUAGGGUGCGUUUUCUUGGAAUAUGUUACCUGGUUCCUCCUUGGGUUCGAUGUUGUCGAACAAGAAUUCCCGGAGAAACGAAUGGAGAUCGACAUAUACACUUUUAAAUCGGACACCUUCUUCUCGAUCAGGAACCAUAGGCCAUACCUGAAAGCCGCAGUAUCCGAAUGGAUUCAGCAACUUCAAAAUUCUGCAGAUUGCUCAUGGUAUUUAUUCGACCUUCUUGAUGUGAUAAAACACAAGAUGCUUGACCCCAACUCCUCUACGAGAAUGCCGGCGAAUCAGUUAACAAAGCGAAUGAAUGAGUUGUGGAGGGCAUGUGAAGAUGAUCCUGAUUACUACCUGAAGCCACGGCAUUGA